AUGAUAGCACAAAUUGCUGCCUUGGGCGCGGUACUCGCGACCAACGUGGCAUGCGCUAGCCUGGUGGAGCGGGAAGAAGCCGCGCAAUUCGUCCGGAUGGACUUCGACAAGAAGCGAGGCCCAUCCUUCAGCGAGGCGUGGAGUGGGCGGGCAGCGGUGCCGAGGCUCGCCAAGCGGAACGACUGGGUCGACAUUGAGAUUGACAACCAGCAGAUGUUCUAUUCUGUGAACUUGAGCAUCGGGACGCCACCGCAGGAGGUGCGGGUGCUCAUGGACACGGGGUCCAGUGACCUCUGGGUGGUCGGAGCUGGGGUGCGGUGCGGUCCGAACAACUACCCCAACCCGAAUCAGCUUAACUGCUACGAACACGGCUCGUUUGACACGUCGCGGUCCUCUACGUGGAAGGACAACAACACUCAAUUUCACAUACGCUACGGCGACUCCACAUACGCUCACGGGACGUGGGGCACGGAUCGGCUAGACCUCGGGCAGGCUAAUGUCGACGGAUUAACGUUUGCCGUGGCCCAUGCUUCCAACUCGAGCGUGGCGGUGUUGGGGAUCGGCCUACCAGCGAUGGAGACGACCAUGUCCUCCCAACAAUUCGGGUACCAGUACGACAACUUGCCAAUGGUUUUGAAGCGCAACAAUGUGAUCAAGAAAACUGUAUACUCUAUGUUCAUCAAUGAGCUGAAUGCCAAGACAGGUUCGGUGUUGUUCGGAGCUGUGGACCACAGCAAGUACAAGGGCACGCUGAAUACGGUGCCGCUUGUAAAUGCAAAUUACAGGCGCCGCGUUAACAAGCCUGUCGAACUACAUGUUACCCUCGCGGCCAUCGGCCUUCACACCGGCCGUGACGAGGACAAGGUCCAAACCCUACUGGGCUCCAAGGUGCCCGCCCUUCUAGACUCGGGCACCACGCUCACCUACUUCCCGAUGCAGCUGGCGGACCGGCUCGCUCGCGCGGCCGGUGCAAGGUGGCACAGCGAAGAAGUUGGCUACAUCGUCGACUGCAACAGCCGCCGGCUCCAUCAGACAGCAUACAUCUACGACUUCGGGGGCUUCCAAAUCCGCAGCCCGCUCUCUGACUAUAGCAUGAUGACCAAUGUGCGUGGGACCUGUCGCUUCGGUAUCAUGCCACACAGUAGCGACUACGUCAUUCUCGGUGACGUCUUUUUGACCAGAGCCUACGUGGUCUUCGACCUCGAGGCCCUCGAAGUCUCCAUGGCCCAGGCCAACUACGAAGGCGGCAAGGAGCAGAUAGAGGUCAUUGCUGGUGCCGUGCCCCGCGCCGUGCGCGCACCCGGCUACAAUGAUCCCUGGAAGGCCUAUACGCCCCUAGUCUUCAACGGCGAGUUUGGCAAUUUAACUGCAACGGCUUCCGACAGCAGCUCUGGCUCUGUCGGUAGCCGCAGCAAUUCGGCCUUAACCCUCACCCCCCCGUCGCUCUCGGUGAUGCUCUUUGCUGCUUCAUUAUUAGGUGCCGCCACACGUAUUAUAUAA